AUGGCCUCCUUCACUCCCCUGCACCGACUCUUCGCAUCCCUGGCGUUCGCGCCGUGGGCAUACGCAGCCUCGUGCAGGUCAUCCCCGGGCGCCGCUGACUGGCCUCCCGCAGAAUCCUGGGCCCGCCUCGAUGAGUCUCUCGGGGGGAGACUGCUGCGACCGGCUCCUCCGGGAGCUGUCUGCCAUCCCGGACAGCCCGUCUACGACGUCGACGGGUGCGCCGCCGCCGCGGCCGGGUGGAGCGAGCGCGACUUCCACGUCGCCGACCCCGUCUCCGUCAUGUGGGACAACUGGAGUAAUGACACCUGCCUUCCUGACCCGGCUCAUCUGUGUCGCUCUGGCGGAUACUCUGCGUUCGUCGUGAACGCGACGACGCCGGAGCACGUCAAGCUCGGCGUCGAUUUUGCUCGGGAGAAUAACGUGAGGUUGAACGUCAAGAGCACCGGCCAUGAUUACCUCGGCCGUUCGGUGGCUCCGGGAUCCUUGUCCAUCUGGAUGCAUCACAUGCAGGAUAUCGAGUACCACGAUGGCAGGUUUCAACUGGACGGUAGUGAUGUGGUUAUUGAGGGGAACGCGGUGACUGUAGGUGGCGGCACGGAGAUGGGCAACGUACAGAAAGCCGUGGCCGAGCACGGCCAGGCUAUCGUCGGGGGCGGAUGCGCAUCGGUGGGAGUGGGAGGUUACACAGCUGGAGGCGGCCACUCGCUGCUUUCGCCGCGUUACGGCAUGGCCGCGGACAAUGUUCUGCAGAUGGAAGUGGUGACGCCAAAGGGUGAGAUACUGACGAUUAACGAGGCCCAGAAUGCCGAUUUGUUCUGGGCUAUGCGGGGCGGCGGCGGCUCGACCUUCGGUGUAAUCACGUCCAUCACCUUCUCGACACAUCCCUCGCCUUCAAUCAUCCAUAGCACGUGGGCUCUUCUCAUCGAGCCCGAAGCCCCCUAUUUCCCCGACCUUCUCGCCUACGUCCUGUCCCAGUGGCCCGCGCUUGAAGAGGGCGGCAUGUCGAUGUACUGCACCUCCCAGAGCUCGCCCAUGGUGAACCCCUUCCCCAUCGAAGGACUCCCCUCGCAAAUCGCAGGCAUCAUGGGCGUCUCCCUACUCCAGGACACCGACCGACAAGCCAUGGUCGACCUCUGGCGACCCAUCAACGAGACGAUCUCCCAGCGCUGGCCCGGCGCGACCUUUGUCCAGCAGAUCGAGGAACACCCGUCGUGGAUCUCGUGGUUCGACAAGUACCAGGAUACCAGGGACGUCGGGGGCAACACCAUCUUCGCGUCGCGGCUCCUCGACAGGGAGGCGCUGACGGCCGACGUGGACGCUCUGGCCGGGGCGGUCAAGACCGUGACUGACAAGGUGACCCGUCUGACGACGUUCUUGGUCUCUGGGAAGGGGGUUCACGAGGCGGUCCCGCGAGGCGGUGGGAAUGCGGUGCUUCCUGCGUGGAGGGAGGCGUAUGUUCACGCGAUUGCGACUACCCGUUUCCCUUCGUUCAAUGCCACGGCAAAGGAAGAGGCCAUUGAGACUCUUGACGCAGCAGUUGAGGGGCUAAGGCAGCUGGCGCCGGACACUGGUUCCUACCUGAACGAGGGCUCUGUCUACGAGAAGGAUUGGCAAAAAGCUUACUGGGGCGAGAACUACGACCGGCUGCUCAGGAUCAAAAAGGACGUUGAUCCAGAUGACGUCUUCUGGUGUGAACCCUGCGUCGGUAGCGAGGGGUGGAAAAUGGUAGACGAUGGACGGCUGUGUAAAACCUAG